AUGGGCGUCCCAUUCGAGGCUUUGCUGCCCUAUGCGAUCAUUGUGGGCUUCUUUGGCGUCACUGGUGCGGGUCUGUCUACAUUGAAAUACUACAGAAACAACGAGAAGCCACCGCGGUGGAAUCUUGAUACCUGGGAAAGAAACAGCAAGUGCUCCAAGUACAGCAUUAUCUCAGUCGACUAA